GUCGCAUCCAAUUCGAGCCAAUCCACGUCAAGCUCUUCGCGCAUGGCUUGACCAGCAUGGCGCUCGUCGGUUUGCAUCGUGGUUUGCAUUGUUCGCGUUAGUUUGCACCUUUUCGUUCUUAAAUCUUGGACUGUGCUCUACCGGUUAGUUUUUAGCAGGAACUGUGGCUUUUAAAUGACUUUGGUUACCUAAUUACAACAAGUGUUCGAUAAAAAAUGAGAGGAACUUAUUAAAGGGUCCUGUUUCGGUCGUGGUUUCGCAGCUCCUCGCCGCCGGGAUUCGCAAGUGAAUUCAAGUGUUCUUGGUGUUGUCGCCGUUGCUUGAAAUGCUUCGAGCCUUGGCACUACGAUCGUUCGCUGCGUUUGCUACGCGGCACAACGCUAUUAACAGAAAACAAGCAUUAUGCAGCAACAGCGGAGGUGGCUACGUAGUGCCCUCGGAGCCGCUGCCGAAAGUGUUACAAACUAGUGAAGCGAUCACCUUGGACCAGAGCACGGUGGAACUACUUGAGCGUCUCUCCUUGGUCGACUUCAGUAACGCCGAGGCUGUGACGCGUCUCGAAGAAGCCGUCAAAUUCGCCAGCGUCAUAAUGAACGUUGACACGACAGGUGUGGCUCCGAUGGUGACUCCUUUAGAGGACGUGCCCCUGCGGUUGCGGCCCGACGUCCCGAUCGAGUGUUGUGCCGAGGAAAUUCUGAAAAACGCUAAAGUGACUGAGGAAGGAUACUUUGUCGCACCUCCUGGAAACAUACCUCUGGAUGUGAAAUCCGACUACGGUCUGUCGGAAGGUGGAGGGACCACCGCUGAAAAGUGACAAUGCUUGUUGACGAUGCGAGAAUUUUGUGUAAGCGCGAAUUUAUAGUCUCUUCGUCGUAGUUUUUUUUUAAUGUUACAAUAAACUGAAGCUUCUGGCAUCACC